AAGUGUAAGGAUUCUAUUCGAAGAAUCAUAUCGUACGAAUUUUCUUAUAUUUUUGCAGUCUCUCUCUUAUAAAAUAUUUUCUAAGAAUUAUAAGAGGGUCAGAUAGUCAUACUAUAAACGAAGAAAGUCCUUUUCAGGGGCUCGAUAGAUACGCGAUUAUUAAAACGUUGACAGAAGCGACAAUGACUUUGAAAGAAACAGAUUACUUUGAGAAAUAUUCCAGUAUUCUUAAUGAACAUUUAUUUACGUUCAUUGGUUUAUCUUCUUAUAUAAAAUCACCGAAAGAAUUGUUACGUGUUCAUUUGAUAAAUUUCGUUUUAGCGUUUGCUACUUUCAUGCAGUUUUUAGAGUUGUAUUUUUUGUAUAAACUGGGACCAAAAAGACAACUCAGAGUGAUCGUCAAAGUACUUCAAACGUUCCUUCCAACCAUUUGCUUUUCGACUUGUUAUUAUUAUAAUCUUAUUCAUAAUUAUGCAAAGAUAAAGUUAAUAGUAAAUCAUAUUAAACGCGAUUGGAAAGAAUUGAAGGACGAGCACGAAUUAAUUACGAUGAAGAAAUACGCGAAUAAAAGUAGAUUAUGGUCAAUGUGCAUUCUAUCAAAAAAUUGUUACUUCGCUGAAUAUGGAAUACGAUUGGAUUGUCACUGUUAUAAGGAGCUAUGA